GGAGGAGAGGAUAGAUGGAGAAGAUGGGAGGAGAGGAUAGAUGGAGAAGAUGGGAGGGGAGGAGAGGAUAGAUGGAGAAAAGUAUUUGCACACACUAGCUAUCCAAUGAUGGUGCUCACUGAAAAUGUAAUCACACACACACACACACACACACAAACACACACAAAGCCUCUUCCCAUCCUCGUUCCCUGCUCACCUCUCUCUCUCUCUCUCUCUCUCUCUCUCUCCUGUCGUCACAUGUGAGCCGUGGCUAUGAGCUCAUUACUGUCAGCCAAGUGCAGUGAGCAGGGAGAGAGACACUGCUGCUCCCUCAUCUCCUCUCUGGUCCAUCUGAGGGGCUCUAACAGCCCAGCAGGCGAUACCAAAUCUUGGCAGGAGCCUUACCACCUCCCCCUUUCUGUCUGCUGGAUCCCCAGGGCCAGGCACUGCGUGCUUAGGGCGUGUGUGUUUGCACGUGUGUGUGAGAGAGGAGCCAAGUCGGUCACACAGACAGCAGAAAAACAAGCCACGACAGCAUCCAUCUACCAUCUACCACAUCAGAACGAGAGGAGAGCGGGAGGAAGGAAGAAUAGACUGAUUGCUGGUGCUGCAGACGGAGGCAUGGAGGAGAGGUGUGUGUCAGCCAUGUGUGUGUGGAGCUGAGGCGUCAGUCACGGGUUCUGGCGGACGGACAGUCGGAGGGAAGGAGGACUGGAAUGUGGAUGUUGCCUGCCUGUCAGAGGGAAACGAUGCUGUGAGCUGGGGCUUAGCAGGCAGAUCUCUGUGUCUCUGUGUCUCUUUCUCUUCUCCCCGCAUACAGAGGAAAGAAACAUUAGCUGCUAGCUCCAUCUCUCCGCUGCUCUGCUCAGCCGACGCUCUAUCUCUCUCUCCCUCUCCUCUCACAUCCCUUCAUCUCUCUGCUCCAACCACAGUCUCCCUGGAAAUGAUCUCACACUGGAUGUUGCAGUCAGACACUGCUCUACUCGCUGAAUAGCAUCGACUUGCACUAGGAAUUUACUAAUCAGAGCAAUGCAUCUGGUCCUGUGGAGAGCCAGUGGAUUUCACAGUGAUUCCCGUCCACCACUCGGAUAUACAGAGUUGGAGUUUUGACACAAGCUCAUCUACGCAAGCCUGUCAGAGUUGUGUCUGCCUGGGGGUUGACGCUCCCUCCACCGUCCCUCCUCCUCCUCCCCCUCCUCCACCAACACCACCGCUGGCUCCUCCACCGCUGGCUCCUCAGUCCGAGCAGAGCUGCUCCACUGCAUCUUUAAUAGACGUCUCUCAAAGCAUUGCCUUCCAUGGUUUCUGCCCUGCUCCAGACCCUAUCAUCUUAUAUCGUGAAGAUUUGCAAAGGAAUGUUUACAAAGAAAUUGGUGAAUCCCACAAAGAAGAAAGAGAGUAGCGACAAUAAAGAGCCCAAAUUGACCACCAUUGAUUUGCAUGACCAAGGUAACCUGACGCAGACACUCUCCACAACUCUGAAAACCACAGUGAAAAAUAUCAGCAAAUGCUCUUCGGCGCGUAACAUCUCUCUUGAAUUAGACGACGGAAAAAACGACUGCUCAUCUCUCUCACCGACUUUCAGUUACCGUGUAGCGAUAGCGAACGGACUCCCGAAAAACACUCUUCUGCUGAACAAUAAUGAGAGUAUCUUCCAGGAGAUCCUCUCCAUCAAUAGCGAAUACUCUGACUCCCUGAGCGAGGCCAAACCUGUGCGUAGAUUCGAUGAGCAGAAAUCUCACACCAUGCCAGUGAGACGGAACAGGAAGAGCCUCAUUAGUCUGGCACCCUCCGAUGGCAGCUCAGAGGGUGAGAGGGUGGAGAGGUCAAGUCUGCACACUCUCCGACUUGGCGCGCUACGCAAGCUGAGGAAAUGGAAAAAGAGUCAGGAGUGCGUGUCUUCGGACUCCGAGGUGAGCAACUGGAGGAAGACCCUGGGUAUCCGGAGCAAGUCCCUGGACCGGGCUGGGAGGCAGCAGAAGUCGACCUCUGCCUUAGAAGCCGGCUCCAGCUCUACAGGCUGCAUCAACCAAACCCAGGAUGUGAUGGAGAUGAUCUUUAAGGAGCUGCAGGGCAUCAGCCAGAUCGAGACAGAGCUUUCAGAGCUCAGGGGACACGUCAAUGCCCUGAAGAACUCCAUCGACGAGAUCUCCUCCAGCGUGGAGGUGGUGCAGACCGAGAUCGAACAACUGCGUACUGGCUUUGUCCAGUCCCGGAGAGAGACGCGAGACAUCCACGACUACAUCAAGCAGGUCAGCCACCAGGCCAACAAGGCCAGUCUGAGGUUCAUAAACGUCCCUGAGGAGAAGCUGGAGAAAACUGAAAGUCUCAUCUAUCACAUUCUAAAGGACAAAAUGGGAUUUGCUGAAGCACAUAAAACACUUAAAAUAGAGCUAGCCCAUCGGUUAGGGCAACAAAGAGAAUGUUCCAAUGCAAAACCUAGGCCUAUUAUUGUAAUAUUCUCAACCCCCUCAGAUAGAGAUUUAGUUUUGAAAAAAUGCUACAAACUGAAGGGGACUGGUAUAUCUGUAUCCACUGAUAGCUUAACGACUCAUGAUGUGAAGGAAAAUAAAAAUAAAGGAGAAAUGUCCUCUUCUCAAACCUAUGAGAGCAUGGACAUUAAGGUCUCAGCCAAGGACAAAGCUGAGAGUGAUGACUGGGACUCUAUGGACAGUGACAAGGAGCUAGACGAACUAAACAGGAACAAAUAUGCAAUGGUGGUGUCCAAGCCUGUUCACAAACAUAAAGCAGAUAAAAAGAGGCACGGUCACCAUGAGCACGGUAGCCGGUCUGCGGAUGAGGCAGGCUACUCUGCCUCAGUUCACUACGCUGAUGACUCCUAUGAUGAGUCUGACAAAGCCUCCAAGCCCUACUAUGGGGACCUCACCCCCGGCUGGCUUUCUCAGAGCGACUACUCCACACCCAAGCUCAGCCGCUCCGAGUCUGACUGCUCCAAGCUCUGCCAGUCCUACUCUGAAGACUUCUCAGAGAGCCAGUACUUCAGCCGGCCCAAUGGCAGCUCUCUACUAUCCUCCUCAGACCAGGAGCUGUGGCAGAGGAAGCAGGAGGACAUGGCGUCAUCAUGGUAUGCCAGCCAGACCCUCAGCCAGGAGAACCCUCCGUACGCUGAGCCCAACGAGGCCGAGACCACCGAGACCAUCGACAGUGGGGUGAGCAAUGGGCUGAUCUGCAUGUCUGGGGAUAGGAGCCAUUACAGCGGCUCGCAGCUGUCUCUGCAGGGAGACCUCUCCCCAUGGAAGGACUGGCCUCACCUGGAGCAGGGAGCAGACUCUGGGCUGGACGCUUCCACAGAGCAGAACCUGGUGUCUGAGGUCAGCAGCCCCUUUGACCCAGCUGCCAUCCCUGGCUUCCCUGAGAACAUCACCAAGUGUCAGGAGGUGGACCUGGCAUUUGAAGGGGAGGAGACUUUCAUGUUGGAUAUGGUGGAAAGCACCCUCUUGGACACUGCCCCACUGGAGAUCACCCAACUAGAGAGUGCCCAGCUGGGUAGUGCUCCCCCCACUACUCUUUAUACAGCCCCUAUCGUAGCGAAAGAACCUGUUGUAACACCACCUGUCCAUAAGCCUAAAGCUAAAGAGACUGCUAAAACACUUCCUAAAGAAACUUCUAAAGCAGCUCCUAAAGCUAAAACACCUCCUAAAGAGUUAGCUAAAACUGUUCCUAAAGAGAUUGCUAAGACUAUUCCUAAAGAGGUUUCUAAAACUAUUCCUAAAGAGGUUGCUAAAAUUAUUCCUAAAGAGGUUGCCAAAACACCUAAAGAGGUUGCUAAACCUAUUCCUAAAGAGGUUGCCAAAACACCUAAAGAGGUUGCUAAAACUAUUCCUAAAGAGGUUGCUAAACCUAUUCCUAAAGAGGUUGCUAAAACUAUUCCUAAAGAGGUUUCUAACACUAUUUAUAAAGUGACUUCUAAACCGGCAAAAGAGGUUGCUAAAUCAAUUGCUGAAGAAGCUGCUAAAACUAUUAAACAAAGAGAAACAGCCAAAAUGAUUCCUAAAGAGAAUGUUAAAUCAUCUCCUAAAGAAAUUGUUAAAGCUAUUCAUACAGAGGCUCCUAAAACACCUCUGAAAGACACUCCCAAAACAAGCCCAAAAGAAACUCCCAAAACAAGUCCGAAAGACACUCCCAAAACAAGUCCAAAAGAGGCUGUGAAAAUACUUCCCAAAGACACUCCUAAAACAAGUCCAAAAGAGACUGUGAAAACACCUCCCAAAGACACUUCUAAAACUCGUCCAAAAGAGACACCUAAAAUGGUUCCUAAAGGGGCAUCUAACACACUUCCUAAAAUGGCAGCUAAAGAAGCCCCUGAACUAUCCACCCAAACAUUCCCUGAGCUUGAUGUCAAACACAGCUUCCAACCGAGCCAGACCAAGUCAUCCACCAUGUACCGUAGCCAGAGCGAGAUCCGGUCCGAGAAAGUUGUAGAGGAGGUGCCCAAGUCCUGGAGCAGCCGCCUCAGCAUCGACCUCACCGACAAAGCUCCAUCCUUCAGCUUUGGGUUCGGCUCCACCCUGAAGAAGGCAAAAUCAGCCCUGGAGGUGGUGUGGAAGUCAGGCCCUCCACCUAGUGCCGCUCCCCCAGAGCCACCCCCAGACUCAGGCUCCUUCAUGGGUCGCUUCUGCACACUGUCCACCUCCACGGCCAACGACUCCAGCACCACCAUCGACUCAGACGUCUACACAGAUUCCUUUGUCUACAAGGCUGAAGAUGAAGAUGAGGCUACCGCUGGUGACCAGCUGGAGGACAACGAGACCGCCUAUGUCGGGGUGAUGGAGCAGGUCCUGGCCAACCUGGAGAACCGGUCCAAUGCCAACGACACAGAAGAGACAGAGGAGUUUGAGGAGCCCAUACUGGAUUAUGAUCCUGAUGCCUCUCAGGAUUAUGUCUCUGAAGACUAUGAGGCUACCACCCAGGAUUACGAGGACUCUGAUGAAGUUGAGGCCACCCAGGAGGCUGCAGUCGUUCUUGAGUAUGACUGUAGUCUGGACGAGCAUUACGACGAGGAGUACAGUGAGGAUUACGUUGAUGAUGCAAUGACGGGGGACACGGCAGAGGACACAGCAGAGUAUGAGGCCAUGGUGGAGUAUGUCGAGGUGGAGGAGCCUGACGAGGAGGAAGAAGAGGAGGAGGAGGAGGAAGAGGAGUUAAUGGAGGACAUGGAAGAGGGGGAUGAGAUGGAGGAGACCUCCGAAGCGUCUGCAUCGGAGAGGACGGAAAACCUAGAGGAUGAGAACAAAAACAUUCCGGAGAAGGAGGAGAUGCCUGCAGAGGCUCCGCCCAAAAAGCGAAUCCGUCCUACGUUUAAGGAGGCUGCGCUGAGGGCCUACAGGAAGCAGAUGGAUGAGCUGCAGCAGCAGAUCCUGGCUGGAGAAAAACCUCCACCACACAACAAGCCUCUCAAUGUGCUGGAUCCCAAAGUACUGGGCCUACAGGCUGUCGGAGGAGCUGGCUGCAUUCUUUAUGGCAUUGACAGCAUGCCAGAUUUACGCCGCAAGAGGACCUUACCUAUUGUCCGAGACCUGGCUAUGACUCUCGCUGCUCGAAAGGCAGGCAUCUCGUUCGCCCUGGUGACUAGAUCGACCCUGAACAACGAGGACCUGGUAGGUCGCCCCACUCACUGCCUGCAUGUAAAUCACUGGACAAUCAGAUCCCCCAGGGGUAAAGAGGGGGAGGGACUAAUGUGA